AUGUUAUCAAAGAUUUUCAAGACUACAGUUAUUGCCAAUAAGAAGUUUUUGAAUAGCAAGAACCUCUCCAUGGUUAUUUCUUAUAAUAGAAGUUAUGGUAACCUCAAGGAUUAGGAUAGAAUUUUCACCAACCUUUAUCGUGAUGGCGAUCCUUUCGUUAAGGGUGCUUUAAAGAGAGGUGACUGGCAUUAAACUAAAGAAAUUCUUAGCAACGGCCCUGAAUGGAUUAUUGAUGAAAUUAAAAAAUCAGGUCUUAGAGGAAGAGGUGGUGCUGGUUUCUUAUCUGGUUUGAAAUACUCCUUCAUGCCUAAAGUUAAUCCUGAUGGCAGACCCUCCUAUUUAGUUAUUAAUUCUGAUGAGUCUGAACCUGGUACUUGCAAGGACAGAGAAAUCUUACGUAAUGACCCUCACAAGUUAGUCGAAGGUGCUUUGGUUGUUGGUUUUUCUAUGCGUGCUAGAGCUGCCUACAUUUACAUUCGUGGUGAAUUCUGGGUUGAGGCCAACAUUCUCUAACAAGCUAUUGACGAAGCUUAUGCUAAAGGAUUUAUUGGUAAGAAUGCUUGUGGAUCUGGAUAUGAUUUCGAUGUUUACAUUCACAGAGGUGCAGGUGCUUACAUCUGUGGUGAAGAAACCGGUCUUAUUGAAUCUAUUGAAGGUAAGGCAGGUUAACCUAGAGUUAAGCCUCCAUUCCCUGCUAAUGCUGGUCUCUAUGGUUGCCCUACUACAGUUACUAACGUCGAAACUGUUGCAGUUUGCCCCACUAUCAUGAGAAGAGGUGCUUCCUGGUUCGCUAGCUUCGGUAGACCUAAUAAUGCUGGUACCAAGCUUUAUUGCAUUAGUGGUCAUGUUAAUAAUCCUUGCACUGUUGAAGAAGAAAUGAGUAUUCCUCUUAGAGAAUUACUUGAAAAGCAUUGUGGUGGUGUUAGAGGUGGUUGGGACAAUCUCUUGGCCGUCAUUCCUGGUGGUUCUUCAGUUCCUAUGAUGCCCAAGAAUGUUUGUGAUGAUGUUCUUAUGGACUUCGAUGCCCUUAAAGCUGUUGGUUCUGGUUUAGGUACUGCUGCCGUUAUCGUUAUGGAUAAAUCCACUGAUCCUAUUGAUGCUAUUCUUCGUCUCUCAAAGUUCUACAAACACGAAUCUUGUGGUCAAUGUACACCUUGCAGAGAAGGUACUGGCUGGAUUGUUGAUGUUAUGGAAAGAUUGCUCGUUGGUAAUGCUGAUUACGCUGAAAUUGAUAUGCUCUAACAAGUAACUCAAUAAAUCGAAAUGCACACUAUUUGUGCCUUGGGUGAUGCUGCUGCCUGGCCCGUUCAAGGUUUAAUUAAAAAUUUCAGAGAAGAAAUAGAAGAUAGAAUCGAUUCUUAUCAUGCUAAGCACCCUCAACUUAAAAAAUCAAGAAAAUCCAAUCCUUAAAUAGGACACCAUUGA